GUGACCUGCUGUCCCACGGGGCAGCGCGUGGAGGGUCACGUGGACGAGAUGGCUGCCGCUGCCGCUGCCGCCUUUAACCGCCUCUCCACCGGCUCCAAGUUGGGCCCGCAGUACGACCAAGAGGGCAAUGUCAUCGAGGUUGAAACUCGUGAGGAUGAGGAACAAAAUGUCAAGUUGACAGAAAUUUUAGAAUUGCUGGUUGCUGCUGGAUACUUUAGAGCAAGAAUUAAGGGACUAUCGCCAUUUGAUAAGGUGAGAAUAAUAAAUGCAGUUCCUUCAUAUCUUCGGCAGUUCCUUGGGAUGAAAGAUGAUCCAGUCUGGUUAUGCGUCCAUUCUGCUUCUGCACCAGAAGGGCAUUCUGCUUCUGAACCAGAAGUCCAUUGUGCUUCUGAACCAGAAGUCCAUUGUGCUUCUGAACCAGAAGUCCAUUGUGCUUCUGAACCAGAAGUCCAUUGUGCUUCUGAACCAGAAUAUUGUAAAGAAAUACACAUUAUUUCCACAGGUGGUAGGUGGGGUAUGACAUGGUGUAUUACGACGUGCAACUUUGAUAUUGAUGUUGAUUUACUUUUUCAAGAAAAUUCCACAAUUGGUCAAAAGAUAGCCUUGCACAGAGAGAAAAUUGUAUCUGUUGAGGCCAAUGUGAACUGUAGAUGAGUAAACAGGUUUUGGAACAAAAAUAAAAUUCAGGGUCUGGAUUUCAUACACAUAUUCCCUGUUGUACAGUGGUUGGUAAAACGUGCAAUUGAAACCAGAGAAGAGAUGGGAGAUUAUAUUCGGGCAUUUUCCAUAUCUCAAUUUCAAAAAACCCACAGUCUGCUUGAGGAUGAUGACUUCAAGCAGCGGAAAGACAAGGCUAUGAAAACAGUCGUAGAAGUAUCUGAUGUUUAUAAACCACAACGCAAGUAUAAACGUUUGGCUGGUGCUGGAGAGUUAGUGGAUGAAGAAUCCAGAGUCCAUUCUACCCUUCUGGAAUUCGGCCGGAAGUACGGUUUCAGCAAGCAAUCUAAAACUGAAACGACUGAAGACAAAAAAGGCAUCUUGCCAACAGGGUUGGCAGCUGAAAUUACUAAACUCUCUGAAGAUGAUCUGGAGGCUGCUGAAGAGCUUCGCAUUAAGACAUUGAUGACUGGAAUGGCAGCAAUGGCAACAGAAGAGGGAAAAUUGACAGCAAGUUCAGUGGGUCAUAUAGUAGGACUACAGUCAGAAGAAAUUAAACAGAUUGCAUCAGAAUACGCUGAGAAGCAAUCAGAGCUUUCAGCUGAAGAUCGUCCUGAGCGGCUUGGAGCUGCUCAACAGUAUCGAAGACAAAUUGCAUCUCUCAAUAAACAAAUCUUGCAAAAAUCAAAACAGUUGGAAGAGCUGCAAGUUAAAUACAGUGAGAUCCAGGCUACAUGUGAGGAAGAGAAAAAGAAACUGGUGGAGGUUAUGAAUUAUGGGCAGAAACUGGAUAAGGAACUGGCGAAGCUCGAAGCUGUGGAAUCCGAAGCUGAUUCCAGCAUCCUAGAAAAGCUGAGAGAAUUGGUGACAAUGAAUGAAGGUCUAAAGGAUCAAGAACAACAGUUUAGGAAUCAUUGCAGGGAGGAGAUGGCCCGAUUGCAACAGAAUAUUGAAAAUCUCAAGAGUGUAGCUGGGAAUGAGGAAGCUGAAGUAAAGGAACACGGUGAAUUAAUAGAACAACAGUAUAAAGAAGAUCGAGAAAAGCUUCAGAAAAUACGACUCUUGUUGGCUCGACGAAAUAGAGAAAUUGCUGUUUUGCAACGAAAAAUUGAUGAAGUACCAAGUAGGGCAGAAUUGACCCAAUAUCAGAGACGAUUUGUUGAGCUCUACAAUCAAGUUGCAGCAACUCACAAGGAAACAAAACAAUUUUUCACUCUUUAUAAUACACUUGAUGAUAAAAAGGUGUACUUGGAAAAAGAGGUUAACCUGUUGAAUUCAAUUCAUGAUAAUUUUCAACAGGCAAUGGCAUCCCCAGCUACUCGAGAACAGUUUUUGCGUCAGAUGGAACAGAUUGUAGAAGGUAUUAAGCAGAAUCGCAUGAAGCUGGAGAAGAAAAAGCAAGAAAAUAAAAUGAGACGUGAUCAGCUGAAUGAUGAGUAUCUUGAAGUGCUGGAGAAACAACGAUUGUACUUCAAAACUGUCAAAGAAUUUAAAGAGGAGUGCCGUAAGAAUGAAAUGUUAUUGAACAAAUUGAGGACAAUGGGGAUUUCCUGAUUGAAUUCACCAACGAUCCAAUGAUGGCCUUUCUAACACCUACAAACAAAAGAAUGGGUGCAUGGAGCCAUUUGCAUUUCAUUUACUUGUUUUUGUAUCAUGUAAUUUUGUCAGAUUUUGUUUCAGUGUCAAUUAUGAGUUGAGCAAGCCAUUGUUUCGAUGUAAAGAAAUCUGUUGUGCAAUAAAAAUAAUGCAAAUUGACCUGAA